AUGGAUGUGAUCAGGUCAAAAUUAUUUGAUUGGAACGAUAUCUCUAUUUCGAGGGUAGUGCAAGAUCAAAUACAGAAUGAAACUCCGUCAGCAGAAGCUGGUCUAGAGGAUGAGAGUUUGACUUGUGGGCAAAAUCAUCCAGAUGCGGCUACCAUGCAUCCAGGAGCAUAUGCAAUGGCCCCCGGGAACACAACCACCACUCCCACAGACCACAAUAGUGAAUUGGUCGUGGCGAACCAGGUGGAAGAAAAUGAAGAACCUACGCAGAUUGCUAGACCCGACAAUUUGCAACAAAAAACUGGAUCAACCUUAACAGCUGUUAUGAUCGUUGUUCUCAUUGGCAGCAUUCUCAUCCUUGGAGUGAUUGUUGGUUCCAUCUGUGGGGCUGGUCUCUGCAGCAGCAAAGAUGCUGAUGUGGAGACUCAGGCUCCCACUUCCUUCCGAUACGUUGUUUUGGAGAACAUUGAAAACAGAAUAGAAGAGGCUUUUGGGGCCGGUUAUUUUCCCAAAAAUGAUGAGCCAGGACCCACCCAGCCAAAGUUCAAGGCUCUGGAUUGGAUUGUGUUUGAGGAUCCUCUGCAGCUCAACCAUCCCAUCAGAAAUAGGCCUUCUAACUUGAUUUCAGUCGGACCAAUAUGGAUGGCUCGCUACCAGAGGAACUCUUUACAAAAUGUACCAACUUAUUUCUACUUGGGGUCUCCAACUCUGGCUUCACUGGAACAAUCAGCACUGGACUGCAGCUUUUGA